CUUCUUGGGAAUCUUGCUGCCGAGGCAGGAGUUUUCCUGAUUUGUGGCAAGACCUGUCACGUAAAAACCAACAUGGUCAUCUUCUCCAGGGUGACUGGAGCUGUUUCCAGUGAUUUUGUCGCCAAAUUUCCUCAGCAUUUUAACUUCAUAGAAAUGCUGGAGUCCGUUUGUGAAGAGACGGGCACACGGAUUGUGAACCAGGGAAACAGCAACUUUGAGAUAGUUGGUGACUGGUCACAGAUGACCUUCGUCCACAGCAUGCUGGAAAACACUAUGGCCAUAUAUGGUGCGGUUGCCAUGGUAUCCAGUGCCUACUCACCUGCUAAAGAUCUAAAGAUAUCACAUAACAAACGUAUGAUGACCCCUGAUACAAACAUCAAUAAUCCCAGUGUGCGGGAUGGGCAUGGCGGAAUGAGUGACCAACCAGACCUGCGGGAUCGGUCUUAUACAUCGGGGAACACAGCUGACCGUUACUAUGAUUCAAGGGUUGGGUCAUAUACUGGCAACAAUGGUGAUCGUUUCUAUGACAGCAGAGGCAGUCCUUAUACACCAGGUACAACAGGUAAUAGGAAUUUCGACAACCGGGGAUGGUAUUUAUAUGCUGGAAACAUGGCUGAUAGAGUACAUGAUCCAAGGGGAACAUCAUACAUGCAAACAAACAGUGGAGAUAAAUUUUACGAUACCAGAGGUGGACCUUACACCCCUGGGUAUAGUGGGGAACGUCAUUAUGAUCCAAGAAUGGGACCAUACACACAGCCAAACAUGAUGGACAGACACUUUGACAAUCGGGAAAGAUCUUACACCCCAGCAAACAUAGGAGAUAGGCAAUACGAUUCAAAUGUUGGACUGCCAUCUGCCAAUAUAAAUGAAAAAAAUCCAAUGAAUGUGGGAGAUAGCUUAGAUCUACCUUCCCUUGGUAACAGUUCAGCACCAACUGGUGGCGAUAUAGAAGGGACCAUAGAUAGACUAGAAACAACUGCUAACAUUGCAGGAGAUAAUCUUGUACAUCAAGGGGAGGCAACUCAGUCUAGCCACGGUUUACCAGGAAAAGAAUUAGUGACAAAUCUAGAUCUACUGAGCCAAAUUAGUGGAGUUCAAGAAGGAUCUGCUAGUCAGAGAAUGACAACUCCAACACAGGUCACUGGACAGAAGGAUGGGGAGAUGGAAGUGAAGAUUAAAGAUGAGCAGGACGAAAGUGUCACAGUGACAAAAAAAUCGCUGGAAACUCCAGAGAAUUCAAGAGACAAAAGGACAUCAGAGUCAGUUUCUGAACCAAUCAGUGAAUCUCCUCAUGAAGCAAGUGAUGAGCAAAAACAGGAUGAUGGGGAUGAGCCAGAUGAUGAUGUAAAUGAAGAAGCAACUAAAUCUGACCAUGGUGAUGCAGACUACCAUUUAGAUUCCGACACAGAACAGUCUGAAGAAGUUGAGAAUUUUGAUUCUGAGGUGUCUGAAGAAAGUAUAGUAUCUGUGAAGGUGAAAAAAAGGAAAUACAGGAAGCGGAGGGUUGAAAGGCCACCAAAGCGGUACACCAAAAUGAAAAAAAUGAAAAAAAACAUGCUAAAACAAGAAACAUCUAUGGAGGGCAAAAGAAAGCGUGGUCGACCCAGAAAAAACACAGGCCCUGAUACCAAUAUAAAGUGUCCUGAGUGUGAAUUCAUUGCCAAGGAUAGAAAAAGUUUGUAUGCACACAAUCGAAGAGCUCAUCUAAAUGUAGCAACGAACUGCAAUAUUUGUGGGAAAUUGUACCCUAGUCUUUUUGAUAUGAAGAGACAUCGCAUAUUGAUUCAUAAUCCUCCCAAGUAUUGUUGCGACAUUUGUGGCAAGCGCUAUAAAGUCAACACAAGUUUAAAACUUCAUGUCAAAUCCCAUGAACCGGGCUAUGUGAAGCCUAUAUAUCCUUGCUCAUCUUGUGAUAAGUCUUUCGCUAACCCCAGCCUUCUCCGAACACACUCUCGACGAAAACAUGAACCUGAGUCGGAGUUUGAUCGUGAAGUCAGGGAGGUGAAGCACUUUUGUUAUAUCUGUCAUAAAACAUUUUCUUCCAAAGCAGCAUUACAAGAACACACCAAAAUCAUCCACAUGAGAAUUUAUGACCACCAGUGUGAUCAGUGUGGUAAGGUGUUUGGGUAUGAGAAGUCUCUAGCCACACACAAGCUCAUCCACUCCUCAGCCAAGAACUUUGUGUGCAAAAUCUGCGGUAAAGCCUUCAAGCAGAAGUCAUGCAUGACCAUCCACCAGGCAAUUCACAUGGAGAAGAAGUUCUUGUGUGGACACUGUGGUCGUGGCUUUACUCAACGUCAGUCACUCAGGCGCCACGAAAUUAUCCACCGUGGAGAGAAGCCAUACUCGUGUAAGCUUUGUGGUCAGGCAUUUAACUCAAUCUCUACCAUCCGUCGUCACGUCAUCCUUGUACACAAGCUUCAGAAAGACUCCAGUGUGUGGCGCGAGGACAUUGUUGUGGACACAGAACUUCUCGCCAGUAUCACAACAUAACCCAUAUAUAGCCCGGUCCAUAUAUAUUCACAGCAUUAGCUUACAAGUAGAUGUCGACAGCUUAUACCUAAGUUGACAACUUCUCAUCAGCAUUACAACACAGUGAUUGUAUAUGUGCUUACAAGGUUUUUCUAUCAAAACAGCAAAAACUUUAAAGGGACCCCUAUUAUUUGACAGUUUUGUCCCAUAUUCCAAUGUGUAACCGAUCACUUGCUUGGGACACCCGUUAGACCCUUAAUGCCUAAACUUGUGUUAAUGCAUCAAUAUAACAUGCAUUACACAUAUAAGUGUGUAUAUGCUUAUUGCCUCAAUUUUGGAAUUAUAGUGUACCAAUUAGCAGUCCAGCACCUCACUAACACAGCCUGUACACAGUGUGAUUCACAUUAUAAUCUACACCUAAUAGUUCUCACUGUGAAUUAGAUGUUAACCAAGAUUGUGAAUUAGACGUUGUAAACCAAUUUAUUUUUUCUUGAACAAAGAUUUUUUUUAUAAAAAAGAAGAUUAAAUAUGAUGCGUAAGCUGUAAUUGUGCAUCUAUUAAAUAUGUGGAUUAGUACCCAGUAUUUUAAAAUGUAUUUUCUUAUAAAUAACAGGAUUUUGUAAGUGCUUUAACAUUCUGUGUAAAAACCUUUUGGAUGAAGUGGAUUCAACAUAAGGCUCAUACAGAAAUUAUGUUUGGCCAUAUUGUAACAUUAGGCAAAAUUGUCUCCAGAUUGAACUUACAAACCGAUAUUACCUAUAUAGCUAGCUGAGACCAAAUUGGCAUCCUACCAAGGCAAUCUAAUUUAACAUGGUCCUUCAUUUUUGUUAGUGACUGAAGAAUUAAGAUGUUGGAUAUUUUAUGGUUUGUGUAUCAUAAAUUCUAUGCAAAGUAUACAUACAUGCAUGUAAUCUGUAAACCUUUAUUCUUCACACUUUUUUUGUGGUUUUUGCUUUGAAUUGAAAUUUGUUUGUGAAAGUGACAUUUUUAAUUUAGAUCUAAGUCUAUGUACUAUAGAAACUAUUUAAACUGUAAACUGUAAAGGUACUCUGGACUAUCUUACUAUCAUCAAAGGUGUUACAGUUGUCCCAAAUAUUUCAACUUCUUGUGGUUGCAGAUAUAUCUUAAUCACAUGGGGAUUGUCAAUAUUAUCAUUGUGCAUCAACGUUUAUUAUAAAUGUCUAUAUACAAUGUAUAUAUAAGAUAGGAUCCAAGUUAGCUGAAAAUUGAAAAUUCCCCCAUAGAAAAUUUGAUUGGGAUGGUUAAAAAGGUAAACAAAAAAAGCACCUUUUUUUUCAGUAAACUCAACAACGCCCCUCCCCCUCCUUUUAUACACCUGUCUUCCUGUCUCUUCAAGGUAUUCAUAAUAUACCAUUGCCUUUCCAUCUGUGCCAUUUAUGAAGUACAAUGUGCUUCAGUGUCUUCUUCAAUAAUUCCCUAAAAAUGGAAAAAUAAUUAAAGUACAAAAACCAUGAAUUCAAGUUACAUACUUUCAAUUCUUGAAUAGUGGUUACGCUAUCAAUUCCUGACCGCAUAUGCCUGCAACAUGCAGGUCCAUGCAUUUUAUCAUUUAGACUACACAGAGAAUGUGCUACAUGAUGAAAUCUGUGAUAAUCUGUUGGAGCAUCUCCUUCUUCUCCUUUUUUUUUUAAAAAGUUAAACAUAUAUUGAUGAAACUGCAUAGACAUUGUACCAUUACUCCAUGUCGACCUAGCUGUCACCUGAUCUUGAAGUUUCAAAUAAAUUCAUUGCUUCAAAUAUAAAAGCAUAACAAAUCUUCCAUUAAUGAUGUGUUUCAUAACAUUUUUAGGCCCUUGCUUCAUUUCCUAUUUAAAGCUUGAGGCUUGAAAUUGAAAUUGAAGGUCAAAAUGGUUUCGUCUGGCAUAAGGACAUAAUUUCUUAUAUUACAGAAGAUAUUCUAAUGACGCUCUGCUCUUACACUAUCUGUAGCAUUACUUUUGGAAAGAUGUUGUGUGUUUUGGAAACGUUUCAUAUUUGUCAAUAUUUGAUCAGUUUGAGUUCUAUUUGACAUAUUUUCCCUGAUUAACCCCUCUGACAAUCACCAGACUUGGGUAUGGGGGUACAUAGCAGAGGGCUUCCUGUCACAGUUUACCACAGCAUGCAAAUUUUAAUAAAACAUAUACAUAUAUCUAUCUACAAUAAGCUCCCUGUCUACUAGAAGAGCUUACUGUUUGAACAUUUUAAACACCAUAUUUUGCUACCUACAUUGCAUAUCUGUGACUUCAAAAAUAGUAACCAUUUAAUUGUUUUGUUUAUUCCUAUCAUACAUUUAUUUUAUAUAGAUAAAUACCAUAUAUUGCCUAAACUUGAGAACCUGACAAUGGAUUAAGAUUUUUAUAAUUUUCUGUGCUAUUGCAUUAUUAUUCUAUAUUCUGAUUUUAUUUACACAUCAGAAGUUGUAACUGUAUACAUGUAUCUAUACUGUAAACGUAGAAUGAGAUUUUUCACUGCAAGUUUCUUGUCACUGCAUGUUUCCUAGCUGAUUCCUUUAGUUGUUAUUUUUUGGCAAACACUCGAGUCUAUCAGAUGUAUAUAUUUCUGUAGAAGAAUUAUGCAGAAAUCUACAGUGUGUUUUUUAAAGUGCAUAUAGGCCCAACACAUAAAUUGCAAUGUAAAACAUUAUGAGAAGUGUUUGGUGUGUCACAGAUCUUUGUGUUAUGACCUUACAUUACCAGGAAUUAUUCCGUAGCUAACACCAGAAGUUUCAGAUACCAGUUAAGUGAUAUUGGUUGUCAUUCAUACAUGGACAUGGUGCUAUUCUGUUUUCAAAACCAGAUACAAUAUGUAUUUUAGAAAAGCAGGUGAAGGACCAUUCUGAUCAUUCACUUUAAUGUAUGUAUAUAUAAUGUGGCAAUAUUUUUACUUUGGAAUAUCUUUCAUCCAUCUGUCUGUCAUCCGUCCAUCAACAUUUUCUCAAAAUGACCUUCUGGACCACAGAAUGGAAUUUUAACACUCCCCCAACCUCCUUUAACCAGCUAUUCAACUAAUGGGAAUGAAGGGACAAAUACAUACGUGUAUGCUAUGGGGAUUGGCUGCAGGGUCUGCUCAUAAUCACCUGGGGACUAUGGUCAUGAAAUGGAAACAGUGAGAUCCCCAACCAAUAACUAUAUACAUUGUACACAAUUUCUGAACAUGAAGAGAUACAUGUACAUAUAUGUAUGUAACCAGGAUUUGCCCUGGGGUCUUGCCUUACCUCAGAGGACUUGGAACCAUAAGUCAUGGAAUGCAAACAUUUAAGAUUCCCACCCAAUAACUUUACAAAUUCAAGGUAUGAACAGAUGAACAUGAUCAUACUGUUAGAAUUGGCCCCGAGAUCUGACCCUGCUCCGAGGGACUUUAAAGCCUUUGAUCAUAUUAUAACAUAAAAACUGUUCAGAUUCCCACCCAAUAACCACUGCUUGCUUGCAGGCAUUAAAGAAUUGUAAACAGACAUGCUGACAGGAUAAGCUCCAGGGUAUGGCCCUUCCCCUUGAGACAUUUAUUAUUUGCAAUAAUUAAGAGGGUAUGUUGCACUGAUUGCUUAAGUGUCCAGGAGAACAAUAGCAACAAUUGUGGCUUUUUGUUUUGCACUUAAAUAUGUAAAAAUAAAAUACACUUCGUGGGAUCUGAGAUAUUUGCUGCAACAGUAUUUGACCCUAUAUAAUAUUAAUUAAUGAAUGGUUAUUGACAAGUUUGUCAAAUUCUGUUGAAUCUAGCCUAUGCUUUGUUUUGGGCCAUAUGUAUACAAAUAACUAUGUUGUUCUAAGACAUAGAGAUGCAGGAUGGCUUUAUUAUGCAUCUAAGUGUAACAUUUCAAUCAUUGAUAUGGAGUGUUUGUUAAAAGGAAAUAUACAAUGUAUGUAUUAUAUUCAUAUGUGCUAUGAUUACUGUCUACAUCUACAUUUACUGUGUACCUAUAUAUGCAUAUAUGCUUGAUAUAAUCUUUUAGUUUGGUGUGAACUAGCUCUCAUGUCAUUUAAUUACAUGCACUUUGCAUUAGAGGACAUGUAUUGUACAAUGAAAUAAACAAAACAUAUGAACAAA